AUGCUUUUAUCGGAUAGUACUACAGUGGACCGGAUUUGCCUACAGUCCUUUUCGAGCUCUGCGCCGCUGCAUAACAGUGCCGAGUCUGAGUCUGGGCUUAUAGCGGGUGCUGAAACUGAAGGACGGGAAGGGAGGGAUGUGGGAGGAUCGGCAGGGAGGGAGGUCGGAGCGGAGGGAGCGAGGGCGAGGGAUCGAGAAGGAGAAGUAAGAGAAGAAAGAAAAGGAGCAGGAGGGGGAGAAAGAGGAGAGGGAGGAGCAGGAGGUGAAGAUGUGGUGAUUGCGAUCGGGGGGAACAUCGGCAAUCGCGUGGCGAAUUUCCACCGAGCGUUGCAGAUGUUGCGAGAGGCAGGGGUGCAGGUGCACAAGCAUGGCUGUCUGUACGAGUCCGCACCUGCCUAUGUCACUGACCAUGCCUCUCCAACACCCCCCUUCCCCUUCUCACCGUUUGCUGCAGGCAGGGGUGCAGGUGCACAAGCAUGGCUGUCUGUGCACAAGCACGGCUGUCUGUACGAGUCUGCGCCUGCCUAUGUCACCGACCAUGCCUCUCCAGCACCCCCCUUCCCCUUCUCACCGUUUGCUGCAGGCAGGGGUGCAGGUGCACAAGCAUGGCUGUCUGCAGGGGUGCAGGUGCACAAGCACGGGUGCCUGUACGAGUCCGCACCUGCCUAUGUCACUGACCAGCCUUCUCCAGCACCCCCCUUCCCCUUCUCACCGUUUGCUGCAGGCAGGGGUGCAGGUGCACAAGCAUGGCUGUCUCUACAAGUUACAACUCACGCUCUUCUGACGCCCCCCCCCCAAUCAUUUCCCCAACACCCCCCUCCCCCGCUGCAGGCAGGGGUGCAGGUGCACAAGCACGGGUGCCUGUACGAGUCCGCACCUGCCUAUGUCACUGACCAGCCUUCUCCAGCACCCCCCUUCCCCUUCUCACCGUUUGCUGCAGGCAGGGGUGCAGGUGCACAAGCAUGGCUGCCCACACAUCUCUCCCCCCCCCCCACGCGCUCCUCUCUCUCCUCAAGUCAAUCGAGUCAACCCUCAGAAGAGACCUCAACCGCUCUUCGCUCACCGCUUCGGCCCACAUCAUUCUUUCCCCCUCUCCAUCCAUUCUUCUCCCCAUUGCAGGCCCGCACGACCCUCCCUCCCCACGCGCUGCUCUCUCUCCUCAAGUCAAUCGAGUCAACCCUCAGAAGAGACCUCAACCGCUCUUCGCUCACCGCUUCGGCCCACAUCAUUCUUUCCCCCUCUCCAUCCAUUCUUCUCCCCAUUGCAGGCCCGCACGACCCUCCCUCCCCACGCGCUGCUCUCUCUCCUCAAGUCAAUCGAGUCAACCCUUGGGAGGAACCUCAACCCUCUCACUGCCCAACCUCCACCCGCGUGACUUCCUCCCCUGCUUCCUUACCUCCCCCAUCCUUCAUGUCCCCUCCUCCUUUUCUUUCUCCCCACUGCAGGCGCGCACCACCCUCCCCCCACGCGCUGCUCUCUCUCCUCAAGUCAAUCGAGUCAACCCUCGGGAGGAACCUCAACCCUCUCACCACCCCAACUUCACCGUUGCUCUUUGUGCUCGCUCCAGUGGCGGACCUGCUGGGGUCGGCUCAGGCUGAGGACGAGGAGGAGGCACCCUCUUGGGUGUUCCAUGAGGCGUUUGGGAAGGAAGGAGUGCAGGGGACACCUCUUCGUUUUCAUUUUCCUCUACACGUGGAGAGGGAGGACAAUGAGUUCGAAGAGGUGUCCUCUUGGGUGUUCCACGAGGCGUUUGGCAAGGAGGGAGUGCCGGGACUCUUUGUGCUCGCUCCAGUGAUCGAUCUGCUGGGGUCGGCUCAGGCUGAGGACGAGGAGGAGGCGCCUUCUUGGGUGUUCCACCAGGCGUUUGGGAAGGAUGGAGUGCCGGCCGGGGUACGUGUUUCUGAGGUUCCUUCUGAGGCUCUUGCAGACUCCUUGUGGUGGAUGGUGGAUGAGGUUCCUGCUGGGGUGGGGUCUGCUCAGCACCUCAGGUCGAAGCCUCUGGACGAGCGGCUGAGCCUCUGGACGGUCCUGCUGGGGUCUGCUCAGCACCUCAGUUCCUCCAUCCCUCCAAAUCCUCCAACUUGCAGCCUUUGGAGAAAUCUGGGUGGAGAAGCAGCAGUGGGGGGAACAGACCUUAGGAGGGUAGUUCCCCUUGCGCAGCGGUUAUUUAGAGGGCAGAGCGCGGGUCGAAAGGAAGAGGGGGAGGGGCCCCUACCUGGAGCCACAGGAGAUGCAAAGAGAUUGAGCCACCUGGAAAGUUUCGGGGUGGAUGUUGAAGCAGCAGUGAGAGAAGCAGAGAGAAUGGUGGCAGAAGGAGCAGACAUCAUUGACAUAGGAGGGCAAUCCACCAGACCUGGAGCCACAGGAGAUGCAAAGAGAUUGAGCCACCUGGAAAGUUUCGGGGUGGAUGUUGAAGCAGCAGUGAGAGAAGCAGAGAGAAUGGUGGCAGAAGGAGCAGACAUCAUUGACAUAGGGGGUCAAUCCACCAGACCUGGAGCCACUCGUUUGUCGACAAAUGAGGAGCUGACACGUGUCAUCCCUGUCAUCCAGGCCGUCAGAUCGCGAUCGCCAGAUGUGAUCAUCUCAGUGGACACUUUCGAUGCGGAGGUUGCCAGGUCAGCAGCCUUAGCUGGCGCUGACGUCAUCAACGAUGUGUCGGGCGGCACGAUGGAUCCGCAGAUGCUGCCGACGGUUGCCGCCCUGAAUCUCUCGUUUGUCCUGAUGCACAUGCGGGGAGAUCCCACCACCAUGCAGUCUUCCGAAAACACAACGUACAAAGAUCUCAUCGCUGACGUGGCAUCUGAGCUGGCAUGCCAGGUGGCAGCUGCUGAGAGGGCUGGGAUUUCCCUGUGGAAUAUUAUUCUGGACCCAGGCAUUGGGUUUGCCAAAACAGGGCAGCAGAAUCUGGAGCUAAUCAGGAACCUCGGGCAGCUGAGAAAAGAAUUGGGCAGGUGCAGGAAAGGUUUGGAGCAUGUCCCGCUGCUUCUCGGCCCUUCAAGAAAAGGGUUUUUGGGCAGGCUGACCGGCCGGGCAGCUGGAAAGGAUCGUGAUUGGGCGACAUGUGGAGCUGUGGCAGCAUGUGUUGCUGGAGGGGCGGACGUUAUAAGAGUGCAUAAUGUUGCUGCUGGUCGAGAUGCUUCUGUAGUAGCAGCUGCUAUUUUCAGAAACCCAGUGUUUACUUGUUGA